AUGUUACCCACGAUGGCGAAGCUGCAAAUAUUGAACAACAGGAAAGUCACUGGGAUUCCCCCCAUGCGAGGAACCCCCGCUGACAACAUGAGCAGAGACAAGUGGCACGCCUCUGCUAUGGACCCCCUUUCUGACCCCCACCAGGACCGGACUGCGGAUGAAGUGCCAAGGGAGACUCCGCCCUUUAAGGAGACAGAUAACAAGGAAAACCCGAACAGUGGAGCUUCAACCCCGGAGCUAGACGCGGAGGCAACCUCUUCUGCAGGGAUGGUAUUGCAGAACGGAGGACUCCCUCAGGCUACCCCCCCCCGGUGGGAUGAGUUUCAAUUAUAUUUGGCUUUCCUGAACAUGACAAAAACGGAGACUCAAAACCCCGGAGGUCGAUUGCCUGGUCCGAAUCUGGUCUUUACAGCAGAUGUCCAUCAAAGAACAGUAAGGCAGACACAGACAGCCAGCCCACCACGAACAUCCGAGGUACAGGCCCCGCCACCCCAGAGACAUGUCGCCCCUGUCACGAAGACAGAGGAACUGGAACCCCGGAUGCUGGACCUCGAGCAACCCUGGCAGAACGAUCAUCACGACCCAGACGACCAUGAAAACACAGAGUUGCCCCCGCUUGGACCGCCGCAGACGGUAACGACGUACUCACCUCUGAGAAAAUGCGGAGAAACCCCGGAAGAUUUGCCUGAGCAAAAGCACGGAAAGACCCCGGAUCUGACCCCGCACGCUCCCAAAAUCAGCAUCCCGCAGGACCCUGCGCCAACUCCCAGCGUCAAGUUUGAGUCGGAGUUCGAGGCCAAACCCCGGCUUUGGCGGGAGGAUGAGUCCGCAAACCACAGACAGAUCGAGCGAACACCGUCGAGAAUCUUACAGCCCAUCAAGGUGGCGACCUACAAGGGGACGAAGACAGAAGAAGGCUUCCAAGCUCAGCGCUUCAUCAAGAAAAUGGAGACCUACCUCCGCAACACUCCAGGUCUAACCAGCGGACAGAUGGGACUGACGUUCUUCCACAACCUCGCCGACGGAGCUCAAGACUGGUUACAGUCCACGGACGACGCCCACAUGCAUCUCACCGAGGAAUCCCUUCUGGAAAACUGGGAGGUCUUGAAGCAAAAGUUUCCGCACAGGUACGGUCCGACGGACCCCGCUGAGAGCGCGGUGAGACUUGGACAGGUGCAACAAUCUGCGGACGAG